GCUCCACCCCCCGGGGCUGCCCCUGUCAAUCAACGCCGAUCAGCCUUGCGGCCACGCCCAUAGAAAGGCGGGGCCUCAUGAUUCGGCCAAUGGGGAGAGGCGGAGUGGGGAGAGGCGGGGACUGGAAAGGGUGAGGAAUGGGAGAGUGGGAAAAGGGGCGGGAGCAACAGCCAAUGGGGAGUGGGGGGCGUGGCCUAAAGGGGCGAGAGAUUAAUAGGGUGCGGAGAGGGGCGGGGCCUGGAGGGAAAUGAAACUGGGCGGGGCCUGUGAGGGCAUGAAUGGGGUGUGGGAAAGGGGCGGGGCCAUCAAUGGCAUCAUGGGAACUGGAGUAAAAGAGACCCCUUGGGGACAUCGCCAGGGGUUUGGGGGCCCCUGUUUUCCCAAACGAUUCCAAAUCCUGCUGGAUCCCAAGGAAUGAUCCCAAAUGAUCUCAAAUCACAGAUCCUGGAUCCCAAAAAAAUCCCACAUCCCGAAUGCUGCUGGAUACACAAAACCAAUCCCAAAAAAUCCUAAACCCCAAAUCCCAAAUCCUGCUGGACCCCAAGAAAUAGUCCCAAAUGAUCUCAAAUUCUGGAUCCCAAGCAAUCCCAAAAUUAUGCCAAAUCUGGCAUCCCAAGCAGUGUUAAGUUCCACAUCCUAAAUCCUGCUGGAUCCCAAGGAAUAGUCCCAAAUGAUCUCAAACCCUGGAUCCCAAACAAUCUCAAAUCGCAGAUCUCAAAUCCUGCUGGACACUCAAAACCAAUUCUAAAUGCUUUCAAAUCCCAAAACCUGGAUCCCAAAAAAUCCCAGAUCCCAAAUGCUGCCAGAUACCCCAAAUCCAAUCCUAAAAGAUCUCCAGUCCUGGAUCCCCAAACAAUCCCAAAUCCCAGACCCCAAAUCCUGCUGGAUCUUCCAAAACAAUCCCCAAAACCAAUUCCAAAUCAGGGUCCUGGCAGGGGAAAUCAGAGCCCUGGGUGGGGUAAAUGGGCCCUGAAGGGGUCAAUGGGGUCCUGGAAGGAUAAAUGGGGUCCUGAGGGAGAAAUGGGUCCUGAAGGGAUAAAUGAGGGCCCUGACGGGUAAGUGGGGUCGUGAAAGGAUGAAUAGGGGUAAAUCAGGGUCCUGGCAGGGGAAAUCAGGGCCCUGAGGGGUCAGUGGGGUCCAGGCAGGGAAAUGGAGCCCUGGGGGAUGGAUCUGGGCCCUGAGGGGUUAAAGCCAGCCCUGAAAGGUUCCCUGAGGUCCUGGCAGGGCCAGUUCUGCCCCUUGGGGGAGGAUCAGGGCGUGGGGCCCUCCCUUCUCCGAGCCUCGACGCCCUCUGCCCUCAGAGCUCCGGCCGCCGCCUCCGGAUGGGGACAAGGAUGGAGCCCAAGGUGUCCCCCUCUGCCCUCCCACCUGAGGUGGCCACGGCGGUGGCCGCACAGGACCGGGCCCUGGCGGCCCUGGUGGCCCUGGCCGAGGCCUUGGGGACACCGGACACCGUCCCCACGGCGCUGGCUGAGGCUGAGGCUGUGCUGGGCCAGGCCCAGGCGGCCCUGAGGAGGCUGGAGGGGGUCCAGGAGGCUGCGGUGGCCCCGGCGGUGGCCCUGGGGACCCUGGGGGACGAGGACGAGCAGCGGCUGCGGCGGCUUGGGGCCGUGGCUGAGGUGGCAGCAGCAGCGCUGGAGCGCGAGGAGGGACGGGCACGGCAGUGGCAGCGCUGGCUGCGGGCCGGGCACGGGCUGACCAUGGGGCUGAUGGUGCUGUGCGGGACCGUGCUGUCUCUGGACUCAGCCCGUGCCGCCCUGGGGGUGACCGAGGACGGUCACCUGCUGCUGGCCCUGGCCGCGGUGGCCGUGUCCUGUGAGGUGGCCUGGCGGGGCUUGGAAACAUCGCGGCGUCACCUGGCCACCGCCGUGGGUCACCAGCGGGACAUGGCCCUGCGCCUGCGGGACCGCGCCCGGCGAGUGGCGGCCGCCAGGGCCAGCGCCGAGGCCACCGCGGCCACCAACGAGGCCAUGGCAGAGGUGCUGGGGCGGCUGGAGAAAGUGACGCUGGCGCUGGGGACAUUGGUGACCGCUGUCACCCGGGACAGGGAGGUGACACCAUGGGGGACACGGGGACAGGGCUUCCCCAGCGCUGCCCGGGCGCUCGGGGACAUCGUGGUGGCCUUGGAGGGGCACGAGGAGGUGACGCGGAGGCUGGAGGUGGCCCAGGGGGCGCUGGCGGGGCAGGGGUAG